AUGUCAGCGCUCAGCUACAAGAAAAACGACGACAUUGAGUCGGGCGCGCUGGACAAGAUGACCGUGUACCAGGAGUGUCAGCGGGCGUUUGCCGAGUCGCCCAUCAACGCGCGAAAGUGCCGAAAGCUGCUGGCCAAGCUGAUCCACCUGCUCACCAUCGGCGAGACCUUCAGUGAGUUUGAGGCCACGGGUCUGUUCAUCGCCGUGUCCAAGCUGUUCCCCCAUAAGGACCCGUCGCUGCGGCAGAUUGUGUAUCUGGCCAUCAAGGAGCUGGUGCCUCUGUCCAACAACGACGUGAUUAUGGUCACCUCGUCCAUCACCCGAGACGUGCAGGGCUCGUCGGACCUGAUCUACAAACCCAAUGCCAUCCGAGCACUGGCGCGGGUCAUUGACGGCUCGUUUGUGCAGGGCAUUGAGCGGCUGAUGAAAACGGCCAUUGUCGACCGUCACACCUCCGUGUCGUCGGCCGCCCUCGUGUCGGCCUACCACCUGCUCCCCAUCGCCAAGGACACCAUUCGCCGAUGGGCCGCCGAGGUCCAGGAGGCGGUCACGUCGCAGAAGAACUUCCCGGCGGUGACCCUGCCCAACUACGCCCCCGGCCCCGCCGUGCUGGCCCCCUACCACGCCCUGUCGCUGCUGUACGAGCUGCGAGCACACGACCGAAUGGCCCUCAUCAAGCUCAUCCAGCAGUUCUCCGGCGCCUCGGCCCACCUGCAGUCGCCCAACGCCAAUGUCAUGCUCAUCCGAUUCAUCGCCAAGGCUGCCAACGACGGUGCCCACCGGCAACAGCUCGUGGCCCUCCUGGAACGAUAUCUCGGCCACAAAUCCGACAUGGUCGCCCUCGAGGCCGCCAAGGCCGUGCUCACCCUCCGAGACGUGAGCCCUAAGGAGGCCGCCUCCGCCAUUGAGUCGCUGCGGGCCUUCCUGGCGUCUCCUCGAACCAUUGCCCGGUUUGCAGCCAUCCGAAUCCUCAACCGGUUCGCGAUGACCAACCCCGGCGCCGUGGCCGUGUGCAACGCGGAGAUCCAGCCCUUGAUCACCGACUCUAACCGGUCCAUCGCCACCUACGCCAUCACGGCGCUGCUCAAGACCGGCAAUGAGGCCUCCGUCGACAAGCUGGUCACCCAGAUCAGCGGGUUCAUGUCCGACAUCACCGACGAAUUCCGAAUUGUGGUCAUCGAUGCUGUCCGGUCGCUAGCGCUUAAGUUCCACGCUAAAAAGUCUACCAUGCUGCAGUUCUUUGGCAACACCCUUCGGAACGAUGGUGGCAGUGCCCAAUACAAGGCUGCCGUGGUUGCCGCGCUGUUUGACAUGAUCCGGUACGUGCCCGACUGCAGAGACACCGCCCUCGGCAUUCUGUGCGAGUUCAUCGAGGACUGCGAGUACACCGAGAUUGUUGUUUCCGUCUUGCAUACUCUCGGACAGGAGGGCCCUGCCGCCGCCAACCCCACAGUGUACAUUCGGUACAUCUACAACCGAAUCGUGCUUGAAAACGCUUUCAUUCGAGCAGCUGCUGUCUCUGCACUGGCCAAGUUCGCGCUGGUGGAUGACACCUCUGUCAAGAAGUCCGUCAAGGUGCUGCUGGAGCGAUCUCUGGAGGAUGAGACCGACGAGGUGCGAGACCGAGCUGUCAUUGCGCUCAAGCUGCUCGAGUCUGGUGACCAGGCCCAGGCCAAGGCAUACAUUUCGCCCGAGUCGCGAUUCUCUCUCCCCAUUCUGGAGCACAAGCUGGCUCUGUAUGUGACUGGGUCCGGUGCCGACUUUGACACGCCCUUUGACAUGUCCUCUGUGCCUCUCAUCACCGACCAGGAGGCCCGAGAGGCUGCUCUCAAGGCACACAGAGAGACCACCGAGGCCACCCCUGUGGUCAACGGCGGAGCUGGAGGACCCACCCCUGCUUCUGCGGCUGCUGCCACCACCGCCAACCUGGCGUCCAAGAGCAAUUCUCACGAGGCCGCUAUCCAGCGUGCCGAGAAGUACGCUGCCGAGCUGGCCGCUAUUCCCGAUCUGGCAGCCUUUGGCACUCCUCUCAAGUCUUCUCUUGCGGUGGCUCUCACCGAGUCCGAGACUGAGUUUGUCGUGACUGCCAUCAAACACAUUUUCCCCAGCCACGUGGUGCUGCAGUACGACGUGCACAACACGCUUCCCGACGCACAGCUCAGCAACGUGUCAGUGGUGGCGUCUAUUGAGGACGACAGCGAGGAGCUGGUGGAGGAGUUCAUUCUUCCUGUGGACGAGCUUGGUCCCGAUUCUCACGGCACCGUCUACGUGGCCCUCGAGAAGACCGAGGACCAUCUUGCUGUUGCAUCGUUUGAGAACAUUCUCAAGUUCACUCUCCAUGACAUCAACAAGACCACCGGCGAGGUGUCUGAGGACGGCGACGAGGACGAGUACCAGAUUGAGAACCUGGUGCUGGGUGCUGGCGACUACCUCGAGGGUGGCUUCAUCGGCUCGUUUGACCACCUGUGGGACGAGCUGGCCAACACCGAGGCGGUUGACACUGCCACUCUGUCCGAAUACAAGGGUCUGGAGGAAGCUGUCCAGUUUCUCAUUUCACAGCUGUCUCUCACUCCUCUGGAGUCGUCUGAUGAGGUCACCUCGGCUUCCACACAUACUCUGAAGCUGUUUGGAAAGACUCUGACUGGCGAGAAGGUGAUUGUGCAGAUCAAGAUGGCCGCCUCGCAGCGAACAGGAGUUGUGGUGCAGUGCAAGGCUAGAUCGGGUGAUGAGGAAGUGGCCGAGUUGGUUGCUGGAUUUGUGGGCUCGUUGUAA